UUUUUCCCUCCCGAGUGGGAGGAUUCAGGACGUCGGCCAAGAUGUGACAGAAGCGAUGGGACGCUGAGAGCGAGAAGUAAGGAGCACUGCGCGACGGGAACAGCGAAGUCUAUCAAGAGCCAGGAAAAUAAAAGCGAUCACUUCAAAUGGCGACGCAGUAUUCUGACCUCGAGAAGGCCAUUAACACCUUGGUCACAAACUUCCAUUCUGCUUCCCCUGAUAACCGGCCUCCUCUGAAGGUAGAUGAGUUCAAGCAUCUCCUCUCCUCCCAGCUGCCAUCUUUAGUCAAGUCGGAUAAUUUUGGAGAAGUGCUGAAGCAAAUGGGAGUGAAAGAUGGGGAAGGCGUCAGCUUCAAGCACUUUUGGAGCCUGAUCCAGAAUUUGGCCACAACCCAGCAUGGUCUGCUGAGCCACGAGAAGUUGUCCAAAUGCACCUGCCUUUUACUAUGAGCCGUGGGCUUCAACUGCAUCUGCCACUAAGACCUGGUCUCUCUGCAUUUAUCCAGAACCAUUUAUCCAUCUCCAAACAAAACACUUAACUUUUCUUCCUAAGCAUUCCAAUAAAUAAGCAAACUUUUAUAGGCCUACUUUUUUAUUUUAAAUAAUGUGGCAAGCAGUACAGCCAUCAUCUCUCAUCAUAGCAAGCAUCAAGUAAAUCUUAAUGUACAGACCAGUUUACUACUUCAUAUACCAUAACUGGAGUCCAAUUGUUUUUCACUUGUCUCUGGAUUUACAGCUUCCUGUGCAUUUAAGUGUUUUUAAGUAAAUUGAUGAAUAAAUAAAACCUUUCUUUUUUUCUUGCGAUAACACUACAUAUAAACAUACUGCAAUAAUCGUCUAGCAUGUGUAUUUCCAGACAAGAGUGGUUUAUGCAAGCAAAAACAAUAAUAACAACACUUUUUAUUUAUAUUUUGUAAUACUGUUUUUUAUGGCCAAAAAUCAAUAACUCCCUGAAUUAUUGUCUAAUAAAAUUUAUAACAAAAA